UCAAUGCGAGAAGAUAAUUCCUGGGUAAUGGACACUUCAGAGUUAGAAGAAACAAAUACAAAUAAAAUAAAAAGCAAAGAAAUUUUAGAUGUUGAUUCCGGAAUUGAAAAUAUGGAAGUUGAGGAAUCAGAAAGGAAAGAAUUUGAAAACACUGAAAUAAAUAGAGUUUCUAGUUCCAAUGAAGGAAACACGGAAAAAGUUGUCACAACAAUUAGUAGAAUUUUAUGUGUUUCUUGGAAUGAACAAAAUGAAGGAACUGUGUUGUUGCCUGCUAAUAAUGUUUUAUUUAAUACUGAUGCUUUAAACCCAGAUUAUCAAGAUUUAAUCAGUCAGUCUUUAAUGGAAAUUUUAUGUCAGUUUGCUAGUGGAUUAGAUCCAUUACAUGGAGUACCACAGAAUGUAAUAACACCUAAUGAUGUUUCUCCAAGCAGUCCUGACCUUCCAAGCACUCCUGUCAAUUCCACUUGUUUACCCGAUAAUUGUUACAAUCAAAAUAAUAUUACAAAGCAGACUGAUGGUUUAUAUUAUCUCAUGAACUGUUAUUCAAGAGUAUCAUUAGAAGAAAGAAAUCAUCCUAAGAAAUGCAGCAGCACUCCUUUAAAGGAAGUUUUGGCAGAAAUCAGGUCACAAUGUGUUCAAUAUGCUUCACUCAUCCUUCAAGAAAUAAUUGCAGUGUCUUCUCCGAAAAACAGCCCUCUUUUGUUUCCACUCUUAACUCAAACUGUACCACGUGGAUUUUUACUAGAAUUGGUUGCCAAAACACAUCAAAAUACAAUAAUAUUUAGCAAAAUAUUUACUCCAUUACUUCAGGGAUUAUUUCAAAUAAUGCAAAGCUCUUCGAUUGUUGCUAGUAGUCAUAGAGCACCUUUGCAAGUAUUAGCAGAGUUGACUGACAUUAAAGUAGGAAAUGUUCGCCCUUUUUGUAAACUGAUAGUAGAACAAACUCAGUUUUUGCCUGAUCCUGUAACUCGAGUUCAAGGUAGAGAAAUUUCAAAGACUUCAUUCUUAGGUCCAUUUUUAUCUGUUUCUGUAUUCGCUGAAGAUGAACCUAAAGUUGCUGAGAAGUUUUUUUCUGGAAAUACUUCUGCUGACAAAGCUGUGGUUCAAACCUUACAAAGUGAAUUAGAGCACACUAGGGCAUUGCUUUAUGAAAUAUUUCAUGAUACAUUUGUUAAUGGUUCAUCUCGAGAUCAUUUAUUAGAAUAUGUAGCUAGUGUAUUAAGAUUCAAUGAAAAAAGAGCUCAAAUUCAAGUUGUUGAAUUAGCAAAUGCAGGCGAUGGUUUUAUGCUUAAUUUACUUUCUGUUUUACAGCUGUUAUCAGUUAAGGUGAAAUUAGAUAAAGUGGAUUCCAUGUAUCCUUUUCAUCCCAAAUCAUUAGUUGAAAUAAAAAAAGAUGAAACUCGCUUGCGAUUUACUUCUCAAGAAGUUGUCACUUGGGUGGAUGAACUCAGGAGAAAUCCUGUUCAUACUUGGCGUGAACCUAAAUUUCCUACACAGUGUUGGUUUCUUACACUUCAUGCUCAUCAUUUAACACUUAUUCCUGCAUUAAAUAAAUAUCAAAGGAGGUUGAGGGCACUCAGAGACUUACAUAAAUUAGUUGAGGAAAUGUCUGCUAGCGAAAUUCAUUGGAAAGAUUUGCCACUCGCUGCCAGAAAUAAGGAAUUAAUCAAAAGAUGGAAAUUACAAAUUAAGAAAUUAACUCGUAGCCGUGCGUGCGCUGACGCUGGACUACUUGAUGAUUCGCUUUUAAAACGAUCACUCACGUAUUACUCUUCAGUAGCUGAAUAUUUGUUAGAGCUUUUAUGCCCAGGAGGAAGUGUUAUUAUACAAUCAUUACCAGUUCCGGAAGCUCCAGCUUUAUUUUCAGCAUUACCCGAAUGGUAUCUCGAAGACAUUGCUGAAUUUUUACUAUUUACACUUCAAUUCCGCCCGGACAUUGUAGCAAGUUUUGCAGAAGAUGUUCUUAUUACUUGGCUUUUGGUUGCUACCUGUUCUCCUCACUGCAUUAAAAACCCGUACCUUGUAGCUAAAAUAAUAGAAGUUAUGUUUGUACUAAAUCCGGGUAUUCAACCUAGAACUGAAGUAUUAUACGACAGAUUAAUGUCUCAUUACGUUUCCAAAAAUUAUCUUCCGGGAGCUCUCAUGAAAUUUUACACGGAUGUCGAAACUACGGGAUCCAGUUCUGAAUUUUAUGAUAAAUUCACUAUUCGAUAUCACAUUAGUAUUAUCCUUAAAGGAAUGUGGGAUUCACCAGUACAUAGAUUAUCAGUCAUCAAAGAAUCCAGAUCUGGAACGCAAUUUGUGAAAUUUGUUAACAUGCUCAUGAAUGAUACUACUUUUCUCUUGGAUGAAAGUUUAGAAUCCCUUAAAAGAAUCCACGAGAUACAAGAACUCCUUAGUGAUCCAGCUGCUUGGGCUGCUCUUACUGUCGAACAACAGCAAUCCAAACAGAGACAAUUGGCUGCAGAUGAGAGGCAAUGCCGAAGUUAUUUAACACUCGCUAGAGAAACAGUUGACAUGUUUCAUUACUUAACAAUGGACAUAAAGGGCCCCUUUUUGAGACCUGAACUCGCAGACAGACUUUCUGCCAUGUUAAAUUUUAAUCUUAAACAAUUGUGUGGGCCCAAGUGUAAAAAUUUAAAAGUUAAAACACCCGAAAAAUACGGAUGGGAGCCGAGGAGGCUUCUUAGUCAAUUGGCAGACAUUUACUUACAUUUAGAUUGUGAAGAAUUUGCAUCUGCUUUGGCUGGAGAUGAAAGAUCAUUUAAGAAAGAUCUUUUAGAAGAUGCUGCUCUAAGAAUGGAAAGAGCUUCGAUAAAAACUCAAACGGAAUUGGAGCAAUUUAGAAAUUUGAUUCAAAGAGCUGCAGAUAUUCAAGAACAAAAUAAAAACAGAGAAGUAGAUUAUAGCGAUGCUCCAGAUGAAUUCAGGGAUCCUUUAAUGGAUACGCUAAUGGAAGAACCCGUGCUAUUACCUUCCGGAAAAGUAAUGGAUCGACCCGUUAUUAUUCGUCAUUUGCUCAAUUCUUCAACCGAUCCUUUUAACCGUCAACCUUUGACAGAAGAUAUGCUACUACCAGCCACAGAUUUAAAAGAGCGAAUAAUUAAAUGGAAAAAAGAAAAAAUCAAAUCAAAUUCAUCGAAAUAA